UCCCUCUCCCUGCCGUUGCCGUCGAUGCAGCAGAUCAACCGCCAGUCUGCCACCUCCCGCUGCCGCCGAAGACAUACUUACUGGGAACUCAAGCCAAAUAGGAUUACCUUUGCCUUAACACCGAAGAUCAUUAUUCAGGAAAUUGAGCUCGGGCACAGUGUUAAUCGCUCAGAACUAUGGAUUGACACCCUCAAAGUAAAAGGAGGGUCAUUUGUUAAUGAAGAAUGUAGAAUUAUCACUGUAUCACUGAAUCACAAUAGGAUCAUGAAAGUAAAAGCCCCUCCUCCAUUGAAGAUCAAGCCUCCAUUGAAGAUCAAGCCAUUUGAACCCGGAGGCCCUUCAAUGAAGAACAAGCUAUAUAUUCAGCCCUUCUUUGAAGGUCAAGUCAGUUGAAUUCCGGAAGUCCUUCAGUGGUGGAGUGUUAAAGGCAUCCAAUUAGAGAAUCAGACGACCAUCCAGAUAGAAUACCAAAGAGCUCCUACUGAAGGUUAUUGUGACCAUAUUGCUUCAGUAUAGUCUAUGGAUGAGUUGAAGCAGAAGCUUCUGUACACAACUCUUGAAUGACAGAGGUUGAAGGUUGAAUCCAGGGAGG